GCCGGGGAAAACGUAGGAAACUCAGUCAGUCGGGUCAAGCGCGCGCGGGAGGUUGGUGCAUAAGACGCCAUUAUUUGUAACGCUUUAUAGGCGUACAAAUCUUAAAAUACCAGUGGCGGGAAACCGUUUGAUAUCUCGCUUGACGUGUUGUGUCCUAUGUGUACAUAGAGAGAAGAACCGUCUGCCCUAGAGGGCGGCCGACAUGCUGGAUUCGUUGUGAAUCGAUAUUUUUGGAACGUUAUAGAGUAGAAAACAUGAUGUUUUUAGCUCAAUAAAGAUCAAUAGAGCUGCGCUGGUAUAUAUAUGAUAGAGGAUGGAAAAUGAGAAAGGUGAACAAUGACAGCAUGUCCCCGCCGCGAGCGAUGACCCUGCAGGGCGCCGGGGGUCGCGAGCCGUCGGCGGGGCCCGUCAGCCACCACGCGGCCCUAAACACGCACUCAACACAACAUUUUAUAUGGAAAAUCACGCUUAUUAGGCUAUAUCUACAGUUUCUAAAGGUGAUAUCACAUUUCCGCGAUACCGCAUUCCCGCGAGCUCUCGUGAACUAUAAUUUUCCAAAGCGUCCGCUGGUCAAAUUAAAAGCGGCUGUGAGUGAUUUUGAAUUUCGAACUAGUACAUUGUGCGAUUAUAAAUCGUUAUUAGUGAAUGCUCUAGUGCAAUUAUUCUUUGUUGCCAAGUGUAUUGUGUGCGUCAGGCGUCAUUGGGCUCACCGCUACAAUAUAGUACUUCUGUUACUUUUGAGUGGAUUUUGUAGAUAUAGUGAAGGAAAGCGUGAUAAUGAUCUGCACAUUGGUGGUAUAUUUCCGAUGGAAGGAGAAGGUGGCUGGCAAGGAGGGCAAGCAUGUAAGCCAGCUGCUGAAUUAGCUCUUGCUGAUGUCAACGCUAGAUCAGAUUUACUAUCUGGUUUCAAGUUGCUACUUCAUAGCAACGAUAGCAAGUGUGAACCGGGACUCGGCGCAAGUGUAAUGUACAAUUUGCUGUACAAUCCCCCUCAAAAGUUGCUGCUCCUGGCUGGAUGUUCAACGGUCUGUACAACAGUCGCUGAAGCUGCAAAAAUGUGGAAUCUUAUGGUUCUAUGCUAUGGGGCGUCGUCACCGGCACUAUCAGAUCGGGCAAGAUUCCCUACGCUGUUUCGGACUCAUCCAUCAGCAACUGUACACAAUCCAACCAGAAUCAAGCUAAUGCAAAAAUUCGGCUGGUCACGUAUAGCUAUAUUACAGCAAGCUGAAGAAGUGUUUAUUUCGACUGUUGAGGAUCUGGAAGCACACUGCAAGAAGUCUGGUAUAGAGAUCGUGACACGACAGUCCUUUCUCUCAGAUCCAAACGACGCAGUUCGGAACCUUCGCAGACAAGAUGCUAGAGUUAUUGUUGGUUUAUUCUACGUAGUGGCUGCCAGAAGAGUACUAUGUGAAGUGUACAAGCAUAAGCUGUACGGAAAAUCCUAUGUGUGGUUUUUCAUAGGAUGGUAUGAGGACAAUUGGUUUGAAACCAAUUUAGAAAGAGAGGGUAUUGAGUGUACAGCGGAACAGAUGCGGGAGGCUGCGGAAGGUCAUCUCACUACGGAAGCACUCAUGUGGAACCAAAAUGCUAACCAGACCACAAUAUCUGGCAUGACUUCAGAAGAUUUUAGAUCGCGGCUAAACGAAGCACUUCGUGAAGCCGGCUACGAUAUCGACGGAGAGAGAUUUCCUGAAGGGUAUCAGGAGGCCCCUUUAGCUUAUGACGCGGUUUGGGCGGUCGCCUUAGCUUUUAAUAAAACAAUGGAGAAGCUAGAAAAGAGUGGGUUAAGUUUAAAAAAUUUUACUUACACCAAUAAGAAAAUUGCUGACGACAUAUACGAAGCAAUAAACUCGACAUCGUUUCUGGGAGUAUCGGGUCUAGUAGCAUUCUCGUCUCAAGGCGAUCGCAUAGCGCUAACACAGAUAGAGCAGUUGACAGAUAACCAUUACAUCAAGUUGGGCUACUAUGAUACACAGGCGGAUAAUCUCACCUGGUUAGACAGGGAACGGUGGGUCGGUGGUAAGGUUCCGCCUGAUCGAACCGUGGUGGUGAACGAGUUACGAACGGUCUCAUUGCCGUUAUUCGCUUGCAUGACGGCUCUUUGUAUAGCGGGCAUAUUGGCAGCUAUUGGACUUAUAGUAUUCAAUAUUCUCCAUCGACAUAGACGGGUUAUCCAAUGGUCACAUCCCGCGUGCAACACGGUGAUGCUCUGCGGAUGUUGCAUCUGUUUCGGAGCCGCAAUCGCGCUUGGUGUCGAUGGACGGUGGGUUCAGCCAGAACACUACCCUGGACUUUGCGCAGCCAGGUCCUGGCUAUUAGCCACUGGCUUUUCAAUGGCAUAUGGAGCUAUGUUCACGAAAGUCUGGCGUGUCCACAGACACACGACGAAGCCAAAACCAGACACGAAGAAACGUAUGCAUGGCUGGAAAUUAUAUACGAUGGUGGGCGGUCUUCUUUUAGUGGACAUCACGUUGUUAACAGCUUGGCAGUUGAGGGAUCCCUUACAAAGGCGGGUGGAGAUAUUUCCAUUGGAAGCACCACGUCAUCAUGAUGAUGAUGUACACAUACGACCUGAGCUGGAACACUGCGAGAGUGAACAUAAUACUGUAUGGCUAGGCGUGAUGUAUGGUUAUAAAGGUCUUGUCUUAGUAUUCGGACUAUUCCUGGCCUACGAAACCCGAUCUGUAAAAGUACGUCAGAUCAAUGAUUCUCGAUACGUUGGCAUGAGUAUAUACAACGUGGUGGUGCUGUGCCUCAUCACGGCACCUGUCACCCUUGUGAUAGCGAGCCAACAGGAUGCCGCCUUCGCGUUCGUGUCUCUCGCAAUUGUCUUCUGUUGCUUUUUAAGCAUGGCACUUAUAUUUGUACCGAAGGUUAUAGAAGUGAUCCGCCAUCCCACUGAACGUGUUGAGAGCGGCCGUGGCUCAGGCUCGGGCUCCGCCCCAGCCGACGAGGAGAGAUAUCGAGAGCUUGUGAAGGAGAACGAAGAACUGCAGAAACUUAUUGCACAGAAAGAAGAAAGGAUCCGAGUGCUGAAACAGAAGUUAGCUGAGCGCGAAGCAGCAGCUGCUGAUGGUGUAACUCAAGAUGUUCAGGACGAACAGAUAUGAUCGACCUACAGUACGGACAGUUAUAACGGAUGAUCAGUGAAAUAAUAACUUUUGAUUUGUUUAGAAUCUUUAUGUACAUACAGUUGAAAAAAGCCUAUGUUAUUAACACAUUAUAUAAGCUUCUAUUAGGUACUAAAUAUAUUAAACAUUCUCUAUGCUCAUUACCAUUUCCAUCCCCUAGUAUCCUAAUAUCAAGUUUAAAGGCGGUUCAUUCAUAAAUCUUUGUAGUCAUUUUUGAACUAUACUGACUCAUAAUAAGCACACCGUUCGUGAUAAAAUAUAGAACACUAGCAACUUCAUAAAUUAAUUUCAAAUAAAUAGUUUACAAAGAAUGUUUUUACAAAAUACCUUUAAGUCAAUUUUGCGAAGAAGUGUUAAUAACAUAAGCUCCUUAAUUUAUUGCGAGUGGGAAAACGUUUAAGGUGAUGAUUCUAUCGAUAACAUAAAGUGUUCUUAUAAAAUAGAAAAUCAUUAGAUAUAUCACGGCUAUUAAUUUUAACAGAUUUAUAAGUCUGAAUCAUUUUUAAUGUUCAGUUAAGUUUGUUGUAAACGGCACCGUUGAAUUUUAUUAUUAUAGAUUUUUCAUUAAUCGUAUUAUUGAGGUUGUUACAGUGUUUGCUCAUAAUUUGUUAUAACAUAUAAUUUUAAAAGUCACACCGACUUUAAUUUUUUUUUAUUUUGAAUUAAAACAAUUCUUCUUAUUUUCCCAUCAAAGUAAAUACCGACUAAGUAAAGUAUAUAUAAUGAUCACAUUUUAAUAUAUAGAGGAAUUGAUCACUUAAAAAAAAACUUGAAUUACACACAGAAUUUGGUGCAUAAAAAUAUAUACCUAUACGAACUCGCUCGAUCAUAUAGUACAUAUCAGAGUAUCCCCUAGUUAAUAUGAUGGCUUAAUACCACCUAUAUUUAUAAUUAUAUAUCCUUAUUCUUUAUUAAAGAUUUUUUAAAUCCAUGUACAAGCAACAUAAAAUCGAGAUAACUUACAGAAAAAUCUAUUGGCUAGGGGCGUCUAGAUUAACUAAGAACAUUUUCGAGUUUAACCUCAGGCACUUAUAUAUGAAAAAUCUAAUGGCUCUAAAGUGAUAACUGAUGCCAAAUAUAAUGUUUAUGAUAGAUAACAUGAUCUAAUUCUCAUUGAUUUCAUCGUCAUACAAAAUAGAUGAAACUAAUUAAAAAGUUUAAGUACCUAGAACGUUACUUUUAAAGCACUGCCAAUUAAGUCAAGUUAAACUAUUAAAUUAGAGGUAGGUUCGUGAUGAAAUUGUUUGUAUUUGUUCAGUAAAUACAAAUUACGGCUUACGUUACGUUUAGGUUUUUUGUUUACAAAUUAUUACCGGACCGUAGAAUUAUAAUUAAAUUCGGCGUCAAACAGAAUCGUGGAUUUUAGAGAAGAAUUUAUUAAGAAAACUCAUUCCAAUCACAAUAUAUUAAUUAUUUGCUUUUAUAUUAUUUUAUCAUAUAAUUGUAGAAAAAAAUACUUUUUUAAAUGUUCACAGUUAAAACCUAAACAAUUUUGUAAGCAAAGUGGAAACGUUACUGCGAAUUCAAUAUUUUUUUUAUUAUUUGAAUUUAAAACAAAAAUAAAAAAAAAAUGCUUUCAAAUAGAAUAAUUGAAUUGCAAUCCAGAAUGAUAUGUUAAAUUAAGGAACACAAUUGCCAAAAGUGUUGUAUGAAUAUCGAUUUUCAUUAUCUCCUUCUUCUGUCAUAUUAUUGAUAUCUUUCUUAGCUUAAACAAAAUUAAUGAAAAUCUCUAAAUUAAUUAAAUUUAGAUUUGACUGCAUUGAGUUGCAAUUAAUAAUGAUUAAUUCAUCUACAUUAUAAUAAACAAUGUUUAUUUGAUGAAUCCUCGAUUGAAGAUCACAAUACGUACUGUUGAUGUUGAAAACUUUAAUAAGUGUCCGUCUAUUAUUUAAAAAAAUAAUAAUUUUAAAUGUUGUUGUGAAUUUUCCUCCCAGUUGUUUGUUAAGUACUUUGUUAGAUGUUUAACUAUGUAUAAGCUUUGUAAGAGGAUUGUUAAUUUAAUUUUCUGUGAUCUAUAAAUUUGGUUGUAUGUGUCACCACCGUGUAAAUAAAGAAUCAUUGAAUGAUCUAAAUGUA